AUGUUACAGAACAACCAAACUACAAGUUCUGUUGUGACAGAGUUUUUCAUCGUGGGCUUCCCUGGACUCCCACCCAAAUAUUACAACCUGAUGGCUGCGGUUUUACUCUGCAUCUACUUGGCCAUACUUACCGGCAACUCUCUCAUCGUGGUCCUUUUUAUCAUCGAACGCAGCCUCCAUAAACCAAUGUACCUUAUCAUGUUGAGUUUGUCCUUGUCUGAUAUUGGUUUUUGCACUGUUGCCCUGCCAAAAGUGAUUUCUCGCUAUUGGUUUAAUGAUGGAUAUCUAGCUUUCUACGUUUGCUUGUUACAAAGACAGCUGAUUCAUUACUUUGGUACCUUAAACUCUCUUAUUAUGAUGGUCAUGGCCUUAGAUCGGUAUUUGGCAAUCUGUUAUCCACUGAGAUACCCUGUAUUAAUGACUAACCGUACUAUGAAAAUUUUUAUAGGUCUUUCCUGGGCCACCGGUUUUAUCGCCCCGACCAUUUCCUCAAUGAUGACGGUGCAAAUGCCUUUUUGUGGGCCAAAUUUGAUCCUUCAUUGUUUCUGUGACUCUGUGUCUAUGAAUCAGCUAGCCUGUGCUGACAUCAGACAGCAAAGUCUUAUAUCGUAUGGUAUAGCAACGUUUGUUCUCCUAGCACCGUUCUCUUUCAUUAUCUUUUCCUAUGCAAAUAUUCUAGUGUCUGUGCUCAGAAUAGCAAAUGCACAGGGCCGGCUGAAGGCACUUUCCACCUGUACAACACAAAUGACUAUCAUUGUCAUCUAUUAUGUGCCACGGUUUGCUGUUUACACCAUGCCUUACAUACCGAACACUCCGUUAAACAGCAGUCAGAAAAUCGCCCUUGUUAUGAUUUAUAGCCUCCUUCCACCUUUAGUAAAUCCCUUCAUAUACUGCAUCAGAAUCAAGGAAAUCAGACAGUUUUUUCUUAAAUGGUUUGUGCAAAGGAACAGAAUGAAUUCAAGGUUCGAUGGGGUGACUUUUUCCUAA